UCAUAUCGUUAUACGGCCCGCCCCCUUUCACUGACACCUGCGACAUCACUGCAGCAGCGCGACACCAGAGACAGAGGGGAGCGGGAAGCAGGUGCCACCAUGGAUCUGGUCCUGAACGUUGCAGAUGAUCACUUCCUCACGCCUUAUGUCUACCCGGCAUCGUGGAAUGAGGACGAGCCCUUCCGCCAGCUCAUCAGCCUCUUUUUGGUCACCAAUUUGGGGGGGGUGGUUAUUUACUUGCUUUUUGGUGGCCUUAGUUACUUUUUCAUAUUUGACCACUCUCUUAUGAAGCACCCGCAGUUUUUGGAGAAUCAAGUGCGGCGAGAAAUCAUCUUCUCCCUGAAAUCCAUGCCGUGGAUGAGUGUCCCAACCGUGGCUCUGUUCUUGGCUGAGGUUCGAGGGUACAGUCGGCUUUAUGACAACGUUGACAGUUCACCUUACGGCUGGUUUGGUGUCAUCUUUAGUAUGUUCUCCUUCCUCUUCUUCACGGACAUGUGCAUCUACUGGAUCCAUCGCUUCUUGCAUCAUAAGCUGAUUUAUAAGAACGUGCACAAGCCUCAUCACUUUUGGAAAGUGACCACCCCAUUUGCCAGUCACGCCUUCCACCCACUGGAUGGCUUCCUCCAAAGCCUCCCCUACCACAUCUACCCCUUCAUCUUCCCCUUACACAAGGUCACCUAUCUGGGCUUGUACAUCUUUGUCAACAUCUGGACCGUGUCCAUACACGAUGGAGAUUAUCGCGUCCCCAAGACCUUUGAGAGCAUCAUUAAUGGCGCUGCUCACCACACUGACCACCACCUCUACUUUGACUAUAACUACGGCCAGUAUUUCACUCUCUGGGAUAAAAUUGGGGGGUCCUACAAGAACCCUUCAGCCCUGGAAGGGAACGGCCCACAUGACCUGUGCAGGAAACUGGCAGAAGAGAAAAAUGGCGAAGCCAAGAAGACCAACUAAGAUCCGACACGACAAAGAUGGCUCUUGACGACAUCCCGUGCACCUUAUCUCAUAAAGCUGGAUGAACUGCGACCUCAGGCUCAUUAACCUCUUCAUGCGUCAGGGUCCACUCUGCAACACUGAUAGGACCACAUGCCCCAGAUGGAUUCCAUGUAACUCUGUGUAAUUGCAGUGUAAGGUUUAUUGAUUGACGCCUAAACCCAGGAUAAUCCAGGUCAGGUAUCAGUCCAGAUCACUGACCCCGAUGAGAUUCCUUAUCACCCAGACUAUGACACAAGAAAGUAACCGGAGCGGCAAAGUCCAAGGAUGGCAGAUAAUGUCAUUGCUCCUGUGAAUCCGGCCUGGCUGACGGCAGGAAAAUUUAAAGGACCAGUCCAGUCUUCUGUAAUUAAAGUUUAAUAUUUGUAUAAUGGUAA